UGACAAACCCGGUAAUAAACAUUUGUAAACAGGUGCCCGUGUAAGAUGGAUCCAACAAAAUUUAAGCAGCAAGUUAAAUAUGAAAACAGCACGACUAGGAAUCCUAGCUAUUCCCGUGCUCACAAUGUUGUCCCCAGACUCUACGUCCCAGAGUGGAAAACAGAUAUGAAAAAUAGAAAAUUAAUUGUAAAGAACACUCAGCUUGGAAAUUCUGUAGCACACAGGGAGCAUGAUGAAAACUUAUUCCUUGACAAACGUGAACAGAUGAGCUACAAUGUGGAAGAUAGAAUACGAGUAGAUGGAAAAUACCAAGUUCCAGAUCGAGCUGAAAUGCUACGUCCACAAUUCCACCAUGAAAGCUCUAGAUAUCAAAGUGAACUGAUGCAACGUAGAGACACUGAAACAUGCCCUAUGCCAGAUAUGAACACACAUGCAACUUAUUAUUAGGGCAUGUAUAGUAUUUCAUAAUUGAUCAUAUAAUUGCAGUCAUUCAACCAUCCUCAUACGUGUCCUCGUUGUAAGCAGGCAGUUAUUAGAGAGUGGUCGAACUGUCCUGGAACUGGACACAGAUAUCAUAAUCAUUAUUAUACAUAUUUGAAAACCAAGUUUAUCUUUUAAUAGACAACCCUGGAUAUAUAGACCUUCUCUUUACCUAUAUGGAUUCACUUCUCUUAUUUAAAAGUCUGUCACCUUUACUUGUGUAUAAAAUAAUAUGCUUAUUACACAAAUCAGUAUUACAAGGGGGAAAUUUGGACAGAAAAGAAGAUACAAAAGAAAACAAAAAUAUCUUUUUUUACAAUUAUUCUAUAUUUUCUGUAUUUCACAGUGUAUUGCAC